AUGUUGUCUGACGUGGUGAUUCGAUGGCUGGGGGAAGUAACGACGCAUUACCGCGAGCAGUCGCGUGUGAGCAGGGAUGUUUGUGGUCUCCUUGAGAUGAAUGAGACGCUAUCACCGCGCACGGAGGUAUACACGCACGACAACGGCCGUUCUGAGCUGCUAGUGAAUGUUUACGGCACGCUACCGAUACAGUUCAGAGAUGCUACGUACAAUAUUCCUCUUUCGCUAUGGCUUCCGCUCGAUUACCCAGCUUCUCCGCCGUGGGUGUACGUUGUGCCGACAGCGACGAUGCUCGUGCGGGCUGGACACGGCGUCGAAAGCAGUGGGCUUGUGCGCAGCCCUUAUGUCUUCGAUUGGGCUAGAAAACCUGAAGCGUGCAACCUCGUUGACUUGGCUUAUGCACUUAGAAAUAGCUUCGAGAUGUUUCCUCCACUCUACGCAAAACCUGUUGCUCACAUAGGAGAAGAGGAGCAGCAGCAGUCGCCAAAGUCGGCAACUUCUCCAAGGAGCAGCAGUCACGAAGCACCUACUAGACCAUACAAGCCGCCUUCGUUUAGUAUGUCUCCGACUAUCACACCGUUAAGUUGGAGAAAUGAACACGGGAAUGCAGCAGGCACAUCACAAUCACAAUCACAGUCACCCCCUCAAAGACCUCCUCCGAUUGGUGCUGGUGGGUUGUCGAGUCCAUCGAGAUCGUAUGACUUACCAGCACCUGUACCUGCACCUACGCUUACACCUUCAUACGCACAACGACAAGCAUCACCUCAGCCAUUGGCAGUAUCAGGAAGUGUAACGGAUUUACUAACGACAGAACCAGACAGCAUACCUUAUCAGCAUAUACCACAAUCACAAGCAACGCAAACACAAUCACCGACACAAAUAAAAUCGCAAUCACGAACACAAAUGAAAGCGAGCAGUAGUGAGAGUAUAACACCCUCAUCUAAACCAACAAGACCACUUAAUCCAAAUACAGUUAAGCUACAUGCAACCAUCCACGCGAUAUUGUCACAAAAAGUAGCUCAGUCAUUGGAGAAUCACAAACAAUUACACGAUUCUCAACAAACCCUUAAGGGAGAUCUUGAAAGGGCUCGAGAAGUGAUAGUGGAUGAGAGUGCACGUUUAGAGAGUGUUAACGAGAUAUGCACAAGCGUUGCAGCCAAAGUUAAUGAUACUGUUAAUCAAGGUAUUGCUGGAUUGGAAGUUGGUAGACGGAGGGGGGAUAUCGGGGUAGAUGAAAUAGUAUGUGCUGAUAACCUCGUGUCUAAUCAGUUACUCGAUCUCAUUGCUGAGGAUAGAGCUAUCGAAGACACUAUGUAUCAUCUUGGUAGAGCACUCAAUGCGGGUAAAGUGGAUUUGGAGAAAGUUUUGAGAGCAGUGAGAGAGUUGUCGAGAGAGCAAUUCUUAAAGAGAGCUCUUUGUAAGAAGAUACAAGCUGGGUUGGAGGGAUCAAGUGAUGGUAACGCGUUAUACAGCUGCAAUCAAACUGAGAGUUUCCAUCAGUAA